UCAGACAUUGGCUCGAGACGGUUGCGAGCGGCAAAUCAUUUGUAAUAUUGUCUGUUGCAUCAGGUCGUGCGUUGCUGCGCGUGUUUUUGUCGCCGUUUGACAUUUGUGAUAAUAUAUAUAAUCAGAAUUUAUAGUGUAACUGCUUUAGCUCAGUUGAUUAAAAGCCGUUAACAUGGCCCGGCAAGGUAGCUUGCUCCUGUCGCUGCUGGCUGUCGUUGUCUGCCUCGCUGUCAGCGCCUGCGCCUACAACAUGUCCCCGCGCCCCAACAAACAGAUCAGAGAUCCACAGUUCGCCACGGCGAUGCCGAAAGUGCGUGCGUCAUAUUUCGGUUAUAGCAUCUCUCUGCGACCGCACGGCGUUUUUGUGGGUGCACCGCAGGCUCAGUCUACGCUGGAGGCACAGCGCGCUGUGAACGAGACGGGCGCCAUCUACAGGUGCUCCCUGCUCAAUGGCACCUGCAGUCCAUAUGUCUUCGAUAGCCACGGCAAUCGGAAUAAUGAGAAUAACGAGUAUACAUGGGACUCGGAGCGACGCGACUAUCAAUGGCUGGGCGGCUCGAUGGACGGCGGGACGCGGGACGAGGAUAAGCUGUUGGUGUGCGCGCCGAGAUUUAUAGCGCCGUCGUCGAAGGAUUACCAUAUGCACGGCAUAUGCUAUUGGGUCGCGGAUACGCUCGCGGAUCAGCCGCAGAAUGUGACCAAGAUCUCGCCGUUGCGCCUGAAGGACGAUCAGGUGAAGGAGAACAACGAUCAUCGAUACUAUUUCUAUAUCCUGGCCGAGCAGGGACUCAGCGCUCAUGUGUCGGACGACAACGAGCAGUUCCUGAUCGGAGCGCCGGGCAUCUUCACGUGGCGCGGCUCGGUCAUACGCUAUCGCAAGGUUUCCCUCGUGGAUGAUCCCUCGGCGAGUCGCCGCGACACGAACAGCCAGAAGCGUCGCAAGAUCCGUGGCAGCGGCGACUAUUUGGACUAUGCGCCGGAAGUCACCUACGAGACGGACAUACCCAAUCCGGAUCGCUGGGGCCAGCCGGACGACUCGUAUUUCGGCUACGCCGUCGGCUCCGGCCACUUCGACAGCACGGACCUGAAGAGGCUUCUCUAUGUGGCCACCGCGCCGCAGGCCAACGAGCAGUCCGGCGAGGCCUACAUCUACGAUGUGCGCGGCAAAUCCAUCGAGAAGUAUCACGUCUUUCGCGGCGAACAGUUUGGCGAAUACUUUGGCUAUGCCGUGCUCGCCGAGGAUCUCAACGGGGACAAUCUCACCGAUGUGAUCAUCGCCGCGCCGCAGCAUUCCCUCGAAGAGUCGCACGAUAAUGGCGCCAUCUAUGUCUUCCUCAACAAGGGCCGGUUCAAUUUCGAGGUCAAUCUGCUGCCCUGUCCGCUGCCCGUCACGGCCAAGGCACGUUUCGGCACCACGCUCACCCGACUCGGCGACAUUAAUCACGACGGCUACAACGACAUUGCGGUCGGUGCACCUUUUGCGGGAAAUGGUUCCGUGUUUAUAUACCUGGGCGCCGAGCAGGGACUGCGGAGUCAGCCGAGUCAGCGCCUGGACUCGCCGCAGCUGGAGUUGUCCAAGUACGGCCAGCACAUGUUCGGGCAUGGUCUGUCGCGUGGCUCCGACAUCGAUGCGAACGGCUUCAACGACUUUGCCGUGGGCGCGCCCAAUGCGGAGGCCGUCUUCCUCUAUCGCGCCUAUCCGGUGGUCAAGCUCUUGGCCAGCGUCCGUUCCCAGAAUCGCGAGAUUAAGCCGGACCAGAACCGAGUGCAAAUCACGGCCUGCUACGGACUCUCGACGACGGCCAAGCUCAGCGCUGCCCAGCAGCAGGAGAUGGCCAUCCGGAUUGUGAUCGAUGCUCAGCUCAAACGGGCGACCUUCACCCAGACGCACUCCAGCGAGCUGAGCUUCAAUGCAACGGCGGGCAUCACGCAGCAGUGCCGCGUCUUCGACUGCGAGGUGCGCUACAGCGAGAAGGAUAUAUUCCAGCCCAUCGAGCUAAAGAUGCACUACGAGCUGACCAAAAAGGUGCCAGACUCCGAAGAAUUCUGUGAGACCUGCGUCGCUGUGGAUCCCGAGGAGGCCAAGGUCUACACAGAGAAGAUCAUCUUCAGCACGGGCUGUGCCACAGAUGUGUGCAUAGCCGACCUGAAGCUGAGCGCCAAGGAUGUCAGUCCCAGCUAUAUACUGGGCAGCGACAGGACGCUGCGCCUCAAUUACGAGGUGAGCAACAACGGAGAGACCGCCUAUUUGCCGCAGCUGAAUGUGACCAGCUCGAGUCGCUUGAAUUUCGCCCAAAUUCCGGGCAAUUGCCGAGUCAGCGAGGCGGUAAUGGUCUGCGAUCUGAACCAUGGACGACCCUUGGGCAAGGGCGACAGGGACAGCAUCACGAUUAGCUUCGAUGUGAGCAGUUUGACGGGCAGCGCUUUGACCAUCAGCGCCGAGGUAUUCAGCACGGGCCUAGAACAAAAUCUCAGCGACAAUAAGCUCAGCACGCUGAUUGCGCUCAAGGAGCACACGGAAAUUGAUGCCUCCGGCGGCCAGUCUAAUGCAGCCAUCGACUUGGAGCACUAUAAGAACUCCGCGCUGGUCGUGAACAACUAUGAGAUCAAGAGCAACGGCCCCAGCACUGUGGAUGCCCUGGAGCUAGUCUUCCAUAUACCCGUUGCCUACAAGAUCGCCGGCUCGACGGCAACGCUGCCCAUCAUCAAUGUGGGCAAUCUGAGCAUGCAGGCCACAUACGAUUCCCAGCUGGUGUCCAUUGAGCUGCUCGACCAGAAUAAUACGCAGAUCAUUAUGAAUCCCAUUGAGAUCUCAACAACACGAACGAGCCAGCACACGGAGCGCGUCGUGGUCAGCCAGAAUGGGGAGCACUAUGUGCAGGAAAGCUGGCAGGGAUUGGACUCGGAUUCUGUGGCCACGGCAUCCAUGACGCGACGCAAGCGACGCGAUCUGAAAGCCUUGACCGCCAGUCGGGAGCAAUAUGAGCGCAUCGUGAACUUCAAGGCGCACGAUCUGCUCAGCGAGGACUUCAAGGACAAGCUGCCGGUGAAUCGCACCAUUGUAUUCAAUUGCCGGGAUCCCGAGAUGACCGUUUGUUUGCGCGCCGUGAUGCGCGUCUACAAUUUCAAGCCGGAGAAGCCAAUCAAUCUGAACAUGCGCUACAGCAUCGAUCUGAACGAGGUCAAUGCCAUCCUAAUCGAUCCCUGGGAGUUCUUUGUCGUCCUCAUCGAUCUGAAUGUGCGCAAGGAGGGCGAUCCCACCGGCAGCUCGCUGUCCAUUCGACGCAAAAUCGAACCGAAUGUCAUAUCAAAGCAUCUAGAAUCCAGCUUGCCCAUCUGGGCCAUUAUUCUGGCCGUACUGGGCGGCCUCCUGCUGCUGGCAGCCAUCACCUAUGCCAUGUACAAGGCGGGCUUCUUUAAGCGUAAGGAGAAGGAGGACAUGGCCAUUCUGGCUGGCCAGGGCGCCGUGGAGCCCGAGGCGGAGAACCUUAACAGUGGCAAUAACUAAGCUCAAUAUUGUGAUCCUCGUUGCUAAGACAAGUUUAGACAAGUACAUCACAUCGAUUCCAACUGAACAGUUGGCCAAUACCAAAAAAGCGAAAAGGAUAAACGAACUGGAUAAGUGGAAAAUGUGUUCUUCAAAAAGAAAACUAUACAUAUAUAUAUAUAUAUAUAUAUAUAGAUAUAUAUUUAUAACUAAAUCCUAGUGCAACUUGUAGGCCGCGAAGCAUCAAAUGUUCUUGUGGAUUUUUUGUUGGAAUUUUUGAUAACUCGCGUGGCGUUUUAAAAUGUUAUUUAUGUGGGAGCUGCGCUAGCUGCGCCGAGUCAAGCCAUAUUGCCAUUAUUUGUAAAUAUUUAUAAAAUAUUGCUAAUAAACAUAUUUGUUUAGUUUUUAAGCUUCGAUGGCAACGCAAAAGACUUCAAUUUUUGUAUACAAUGUAAAAAAUAAACGCACAAACAUGUAGAGAGAAGGCAAAA